AUGCAAAAGAGUUUCUAUGACAUAUCUGAGCUAGGGAAGGAGGAGGAGCAGGCUGGCUGUGUGGCUGCUGGUGUGGUGAUCGGGGCUGGCGCCUGCUACUGUAUAUACAGACUGAGCUGGGGAAGAGAUGACAACGAGAAAAUCUGGGACUACAAUGAUGAUGACGAAGAUGGGGAAUCUAGUGAUAUUAUAGAAAUUGGGGUGGAGGCUGGGAAAGGAGCUAAUACUGCAGUGGGGGGCAGAGCUAGAUUUCAGGGUGACUCAAAGGCCAAAGUUAAAGUGGGCAAGGAACUCAAGAGUGGUCCAGAUAUAAAAAUGGAAGCCCACUCAGGAACCCAGAGAGGAAGUGGCCUAGAGGCCAAGGCCAAGGCCCUUUUCAGCACACUGAAGGAACAGGCAAGUGCAAAGGCAGGCAAAGGGGCCAGGUUGGGUACCAUCUCAGGGAGCAGGACUCUUGCAUCGAGUUUACCCUGCCCAGGAGGCAGGGGUGGAGGCUGCCACCCCACCAGGAGUGGAGCUAGGGCUAGGAGCAGGGCAAGUGGAAAGUCCAAGGGAAAGGUCGAAGCCAAGUGCACCAGAACUCCAGCUACCACAUGGCCUGUUCACAGGGGCAAGUUCAACUUUCCCUAUAAAAUUGGUGAUAUUUUAGGUGCUACAGACCUUCAAAAGGUCCUUGACAUCCUGGAAAGAACAAGUGAUCCUUUUAUUCAAGAAGUAGCCUUGGUCACUCUUGGUAACAGUGCAGCAUAUUCAUUUAAUCAAAAUGCCAUUCGUGAAUUGGGUGGUCUCCCAAUUAUUGCAAAACUGAUAAAAAUGAAAGAUCCCAUUAUUAGAGAAAAGGCUUACAAUGCUCUUAAUAACUUGGGUAUGAAUGCUGAAAAUCAGGGCAAGAUUAAGGCAUAUAUCAGUCAAGUGUGUGAUGACACCAUGAUUUGUUGCUUGGACUCAGCUGUGCAGAUGGCUGGACUAAGACUGUUAACCAACAUGACAGUGACUAAUCAUUACCAACAUUUGCUUUCCUAUUCUUUUCCAGACUUUUUUGCUUUGUUAUUCCUGGGAAAUUACUUCACCAAGAUUCAGAUUAUGAAACUACUUAUAAACUUUAUUGAAAAUCCAGCCAGGACAAGAGAGCUGGUCAGUUGUAAAGUACCAUCAGAAUUGAUUUUCCUCUUUAAUAAAGAAUGGGACAGAGAGAUUCUUCUUAAUAUCCUAACCCUAUUUGAGAAUAUAAAUGAUAACAUAAAAAAUGAAGGGCUUGCAUUAUCCAGGAAAGAGUUUAGCAGAAGUUCAAUUUUUUUCUUACUUAAAGAAUCUGUGUGUGUUAAAAAAAUUAAAGCAUUAGCAAAUCACAGUGAUCUGGUGGUGAAAGUAAAAGUUCUCAAAAUACUGACCAAACGCUAAUCAGGGGUCUGUCUCAAAUAAUAUAGAGAUAUGUUUUUUAAGUUUGCACUUGGGAAAAAUACAUUUUGUAAAUUCUUUGUUUUUCACUGUGAUUAUAUGGCAUAGAGAUACUUUCAGCUGCUAUUUUGGAAUAAUGAAUAUCACAGAUCAAUAGUAAUGCUGGCUGUGAUGGUUGGUUUUAGGCUGGACCAUUUUAAGGAUGCCAAAUGAAUACUAAAGCUUGUAAAAACAAAGCACUUAGUGGAUUCCAUCUUGCUACCUAGAUUGAGAUAUUUUUACUCUUUACCUAAACUGACAGCAAACUAAUCAUAAAUAACCUACACUUUUGUAUUGGUUUAUAUUUGUUAAUCUUUAAACUUGUGUUUUAUCAAUAAAGUUAUGUGUUUUAACCAGCAAAAAA